ACCGAUCGUGGUUGCGCCACCGCUACCGAGCUUGGAUACACGCGGUAUCGCUUAGCUGUCUCCGAGAUAGCGAGAGUAGUGAGCUGUUUCAGCUCAAGCGGAAUACAACUUCGCUGAACGAGACGAACCGAGCUUACAGUUUUUCAUACUGGGUUCGUUUUUCAUACGUAAUAAAUAUAACGUUGAGGCACGAUCGAAAGGUAUUUUUAUCAAGAGAUUCGCGUUAAAAUCGAGUGAUAGAGUUGCGCUAGUGUUGCACGAGAUAGUCGCUGAGACGAACAUGCCGGGCAAGCAAUUGCAAAAUGGUACUUAUGAGAUCGAUUACAAGCGAGCACCCGACCAAAAGACGCGCUGGGAAGCUCUCCGAGAUUGCAUUCACGAUCCAGUCGAAGGCACUUACUGCGGCCACACGGGGAAGAAAUGGGCCAUCACUGGAGCAUUCUAUGCUUGCUUCUUCAGCGUGUUGGCCUUGCUCUUUGCUAUUUGCAUGAAAGGACUGUUAGCUACACUAAGUUAUGAAAAACCAAGGUGGAUUCUGGAGGAAAGUAUAAUAGGAACCAAUCCAGGUCUAGGAUUUCGGCCGAUUUCCGAAAAUACUGAUGAAAGAUCCUUAAUUUGGUAUAGUUCAUCAGAUCCCAACUCGGUGCAGAAGUGGACGGGCUUAUUAGAUAAAUUUUUAGAAGAAUAUAUUAAUUCGUCGACAUUACCAAAUGGCGGUAGAAAUCAACAGAUUUGUAAUUAUAACACACCAGUUAAGCCUGGGCAUGUUUGUGCAGUUGAUGUGAACAACUGGGGACCCUGCUCACCUAGUCAGCAAUAUGGUUUCAACAACUCAGCUCCUUGUGUCUUUAUUAAAUUAAAUAGGAUAUACGGUUGGGUGCCAGAAUAUUAUAACAACACCAAAGAUUUACCGAGCGAUAUGCCACCAAGUCUUGUGCAACAUAUUAAAUCAAUCAACAGUUCAUGGCUAAAUACCGUGUGGGUAUCUUGCGAAGGUGCAUAUCCUUAUGAUAAUGAAAUAAUUGGUGAACUGAACUAUUAUCCCGAAAGUCACGGAUUUCCAGGAUAUUACUAUCCAUACCAAAAUAUUCCUGGUUAUUUAAGUCCUGUUGCUGCUGUGCAUUUUCUUCGGCCAGCAAGAAAUCAAAUAAUCAACGUGAAAUGUCGAGCUUGGGCAAAGAAUAUAAAACAUGAUGCAACCAAAGAUCAGCAACAUGGCAUGGUACAUUUUGAACUUAUGAUUGACGAAUGAUCAUACUUAUAUUUGUACAAAAAGCAAAAUAAAAUCAUGCAGCAGCUGGAAUGCAAGAUGCUUACGUACGCUGUAAAUUUGGAAAAACCAAUCGAUAAAAUUUUGGUAAAUUAGAAACAUACAUUGAAAAAUUAGGAUUUGUAUGAAUAUAACAGGCGAGUAAGCAGCAAUCAGAAAAUGCUAUUAUAUAUAUUUUGGAUUGGCUAUGCAUCCAUUUUGAUUCCAUGGUUAUUUUCACUAUUGAAUGUUGACGAAUAUGCUGCAAAAUAAAAUAUUUAUUAAUCAUCGACACUUAUUAUGAUUAUAAAGACGAAAUUUAGAUAAAUCGUUAUCGACACUAUUUCAUUAAACUAAAAGUUUCUUUUUUAUAUGAACUGUUUAUAUCUUAAGAGAGAAUAUAUUAUGUAGCUACUGGUACUUAUUAUAAAUUAAAUUAAAUGGUUUUGAAAAAACAAUUCUGCCACGAAAUAUAAAAAGAAAAGGAGAAAUGUAUUUAAAAUACACCAGAUUUGUGAGAUUAAUGAAAUUGUUCUAUACAUUUAAUGAUGCUUAUAACAUUAAUUAUGCGAGUAAACAUAAACGAACAAAGAAGAAUGCAUUGUAUAUACAGCGAUUAUAUCUUUUACUUUUUUCAUGGUUUACCAUGGUAAAUAGCAAGGCGUAAGAAAAAUGCAAAGCAACAUGUCAUUACCUCGUUAUAUUUUCAAUGUUGUUUAUUUAUAUUGGCUCAUGUACAUAGACAUAAUAUAUAUUGCAAAUAAAUAAUUUUUAAGUAUCUUUUCCAUAAUAAGUCAAAAAGAAUUGCUUUUGCUAUAUUUGAAUCUUCAGUUAAUGUCAAUCAAAUUAAAAAAUAAAUUGGUACGAAAUAAACAGUAAUUUGAAAUCAAUUUUUUAAUCUAUGUAGAAUGUUCUUUUGAGAUACUAUAAAUAAUUCCGUAUAUGAACAAUAAUAUUUUUGCGAGUUCUCUUUAUACUCAAACGUUUAUGAAUUUCUCUAUAGUUUUCCCAGUAAUAUUUUUAUUACAAUUAAAUAACAAUAUAAGAUCUACAACAGUAUCUAAAAUAUACCAUUAUCUUUUCUGCUAGAAAUAUAAGAAGUUAAAAUUAUCCUUUGCGAUCUACUCAAUAUUUAAGAAGAGAGACCGAUGGAAAAUAUCAAGAUCUCGAAACUCUGUAACAUUCAAAUUAAUUAUUCAAAUCAUACUUAGAUAUAUAUAGGUACUUAUUGAAUAUAUGUACUUAUGUCGUUUAUAGCGUUUACUAUACAGACUUGUUUAGGAAGUAGUUUUAAGCUAAUAAUAAUAAUGAUGUAUCUAACUAUACAUAUAAAUAAAAACAACUUUUGAAACUGAACAAAUUCUGGAUAAUAACUAUAUGCUGAAACUGUGAUGUUUUAUUACACUUACAAUUUUAAAUUUUGUAAUUUAUUAUAUAUAGCUAAUACCAUAUUUGAUAAAAUAAUGGUGAAAGAAUAUAAACUCAUCAUAUUCAAACAAGGCACUUCAGAAAUAAAAAAAUAGUAUUUCCUCUUCUAUAAAAUGGUACUUUAUUUUUUGCAUAUAGUUGUAAUAUUUUCAAAAUACGGAACUCACUUUAAUUAUCGGGUCUAAUUAUGAUAUACGUAAUAUAUAACUAUAUAGUCUUAUUUUGAUAAAUUCGUUCAUAAAUGUAGAUUUAAUUAUGUAAAUCAUUCAUUCGAGUAUACGGUCCUGAUUUUUAAUCCAAAAUAUUUUCAAAAACAACUUAUUCCCAAUCCAACUGGGAAAAUAAAAGAAAAUAAUAAAUGAAAUUUAUACUUUUAUAUACCGAUUUUUUAUAAAUAUAUGUAAAUUAAUAUAAAUAUAUUUACAAACAUUCAUUUAAAUGAUAUUCUUAAAAAUAUGCGUAUGCCCGUUUGACUAUAAGUAUUUAUUUACACCAUCCAUAUAUUUACAUGCAUAUGCCUAUUUAGUUCAUAAUAAUUAAAAUGUUUAAAAUAUUUUACGGAAGUUAUAUAAAAAUUUCAUACACAGAAAAAAACAUUAUCGACCCAUUAUUUUUAAUGUAAUGCUGUAGACAAAUAAUAACACAUGCCAGUAAUCUGUCACGAUUAGAAUGUCUAUGGCAAUAGUUUAUUAACUCAUUUUAAUAUUGAACAAUAAAUGCAGUAGUAAAUUUAAAUAGUCGCAUUGCAUGAAUUACAAACAUAAAAAUAUUGACAUUAACUAAGAUUGAAAUAAGAUUGAGUAAAAUUUCAUGUUUGUCAUAUCAAUAAACAGAUAUUAAAGUCUUCUCUUUUCAAAAAGUAUUUUUAGUAAGUGUUUAAUAUCAUUGAGACAGACGACAAAAAUCUAUAGUUUAAAAGGAAAAAGUCUUAUCUAUAAAAAUAUAUGUAUACAUAUAAUACAUUUACAUAUUUCAGAAGCGAAAAAAAUAUAUAUGUAUAUAUUUACAAAGAUAAAAUAUAUAUUACGUGUUGUGUAUAUAUAUAUAUAUAUUAUCUUUGUUAGUUUAUUUAAGAGAUCUAUUCUCAAGAGACAUUAGUAGACGUGAAUUUUCGCGACAAAAAAUCUCCAAAAUAAUAUCUAUAUAGCAGCCUAAAUAUAGUUUCUUAAGCAGUUAGUUUCCAUUCAAUAUGUUAACAAUUUAAGGCAUAUAUAUUCAUCUGUUUUAAAACAUCAAAUAUUUACCAUUAAUAUUCUAGAUAUAACACAAAUCUUCCAUGAGAUUCAAUUGACAAAAAUUAUCAUUUAAACCAAAACUAAUGCAAGUAGGUUGAAAUUAAAUUAAAAUUUGGAAUAAGCCAACAUUCGUAUUGAUUAAUCACAACUUAAUUAUACAACUGAAAAUGUAACAUAGAAAUGAUAUAUUAUACUCAGGUUUAGCACUAAGUAAAGAACGAUUGUCUAUAUUCAUUAUUAAAACAUAACUUUAGAACACAUAAUCAUUAUUUAUCAAUAAAAGAAGCUUAUUUUCAUAUAUAAUAAAUAUACUUUGUUUCUUCUUCAUAAAUACAUUAUUUUUAAUAUCCUCAACGAAGUAAACGUUAUUUUAAUCGUAUGGUUUUUCGUAAAUUCUUUAUCCUGCUAAACCAAACGAGAAGUAUAAAGUCGUAAAGUGAUUUGGAAUUUUGCAUCUUUUUCUCAGUACGUAGAAAUUGAAUAGAAAUUAGACUUUCGAUAGUGCAAACAUCAAAAGUCCUUUCAACUUUGUACUUGACAAAAGUUUCUUCCACACUUUGGCAGCGGUCAUCGAUAUCUGACGGCUUCUAGAGUCGUUUGAAAAAUGUUCAGCUAUGUGGAAGAAUAAAAAAACAUGAGAUUCGCAUUGCAUUUCUGUACGCUAACAAAGGAGAGACCAGAGAGAUGUACUUAGGGGACAUUAAUCUA